AUGGGCGCCGAGCUACAGCAGGUCCGCAAAGUCUGGGAGCGCACGCGCACAAACAGCCCAAUCUAUGAGUUCCUCUUGAGUGAGGUUGAUGUUUAUGAUGCAGAACAUGGUGUUAUGCGGGCUCGACUCCAGGUCGGCCCUCGCCAACUCAAUUCCAAGGGCAGUUUGCACGGAGCCUUCUCUGCCUGCGUGACCGACUGGGCCGGCGGACUCGCCAUUGCUUCCUGCGGGUUGGACUCCACGGGCGUGAGCACCGACAUCCAUGUCAAUUAUCUCUCGGGCGCAACAACAGGCGAUUGGCUCGAAAUCGAAAGCCGUGCUAAUAAGGUCGGCAAGUCGCUCGCCUUCACCACAGUGUCCAUUUCCAAGAAGACCGAGACCGGUCCCGUGCUGGUUGCUCAAGGCUCGCACACCAAAUAUGUUCGGACUCGAUGA